ACAGGAGAGAGACGUGACUGUCCCGGAUCAUCUGGGGAGGCUCAACGACAUCAUGAUGCUGACAAGGCAGAGAAGAGUCUCUCCAGAGCAGAACACCUCAAGAAACCCCAGCGGAGGCCCACAGGGAAGAAACCUCACCGCUGCUCUGACUGUGGGAAGAGUUUCACCUCUUCAACAGAACUUAAAAUACACCACAGAAUCCAUACAGGAGAGAAACCUUAUAGCUGCACUGACUGUUUGAAGAGAUUUUCUCAACUAGGGAACCUGACAAAACACCAGUUGACACACACAGGAGAGAAGCCUUACCACUGCUCUGKCUGUGAGAGGAUCUUUUCAACAUCACAGCGUUUAAAGCUGCACCAGCGAACGCACACUGGAGAGAAGCCUUACCACUGCUCAGACUGUGGGAAAAGCUUAACCUCCUCAAGUGAACUUAUUAUACACCAGAGAACACAUACAGGAGAGAGGCCUUAUGGCUGUGAUCAAUGCGGGAAACGAUUCACUCAGUCAUCAAACCUGACUGUACACAAGAGAAUACACACUGGAGAGAAACCUUAUCGCUGCUCCAACUGUGGAAUGAGCUUUACUACCUCAAGCUAUCUGAUAACACACCAGAGAACACACACAGGAGAGAAGCCUUAUAGCUGUGAUCAAUGUGGGAAGAGUUUUACUCAGCCAAGUCACCUGAUUGUACACCAGAGAAUACACACAGGAGAGAAACCUUACCACUGCUCUGACUGUGGGAAGGGUUUUGUUAGAUCAUCACAUUUAAAAUCUCACCAGAGAACACACACCCACCCUGACCACACCCUACCCAAACCACCCUGA